GUUUAAACUUUCGGGUUCCGGUGUAUGGAUGUCGUUUGCGCAAGUCUCAGUGCUCGUUCGCCCGGCGUGGGUGUGCCUUGCUAAGGGGCGUGGAUCACUACUGCUUUGAGGACGCCCAUUUCAAUAAGAUUGCGCGUAGGGUGGUACCUAACCAUCAGCCCAGGUUAUCAGACUACAGAGACGCUCAGGAUAAAUCGGUGUCCCGAUGUUGCGGAAUCUGGCAGAAGUGCUGCUUAUGAGCGGGGCAAUCUGGGUAGUAGUUCAGCGGCUGCAUCCCAGUAUCCCACGUUCCCAAUGGCGACUCAGUGCACCCAGGAAUCUGUUUUGCAGUUUUUGAUAGAAAGGGGCGGGAGGGUGAAAAACGUGGAGCUGAUCGAUCGAUUCAAAUCCUUGUUCCCCAGCGAUCCAGCGCAGAGGGCGCUGGCCAAGGAGGCAUUUAAAACAUACGUGGAUAAUGUGGCUUUUGUUAAAGCUGAAAGCGGGGCGAAGUACGUUUGCCUGAGAAAAAAAUACGCGGCCUCGGUGAAUCGCACCGCUGAAGGAGCAGAUGGACAGCGCAAUGGGAAUGAUGGCUCCCAGUCGACUGGAGUCCAUCCGCCUAAUCCCACGUCCAGUUCCGCGGUUCAGGAGAUGCCGAAUGGAACGGAGUGCGGAGCUGACUCUGGCAACGGACAGUCGAUUAAAGAAACACCCACGGCUUCGAUAGACAGUCUGGGAUCUGUAGAUGAGACUCCACCGUCGAAGAGUACUGCACAUGUAAUUCAGUGGAUCAGCAGCCCUGGGGAGAAUGGAUUGAUGAAAUCAGUAAGUGAAGUUAACAGGGACACAGAGGGGGCAAGACCUGGGGGAAGCUUGCAUGGAAGUGAGCAUUUUACUUCUGACAUUCAUGUAACCGUGGUUGAUUCAACUGCUUUAUCCAUGGACACCAAUAAGAAAGGCUUUAAACUCAACACAUCAUCAUCGUCAGAUAGCGGUACACUUUCAGAUAUACCUGCCUGUAAGUCUGAGGAUGAUGCAUCUAAAGGAGGAGCACUUUGCAUGGACGGACCACCCACAGAGACCCUGUGCAUGCCAGAAGGUGCACAGGGGGAGAACGAGGAGUGCAAAGAUGUGCCACCAACACAGUCCAUGAGCAAAUGGCAAGCCACCCGAGAGUUUCAACAGAGCCAGUUAAAGGAUACCUUGGGUGAUGGGGCAGAUGAAGGGGUCCCAGACUCUACCGAUGAGGGCAACACACCCAGAAGCAGCCGGAGGAACUUCAUAGAGCUCAUGAUGAGCAGUUCUCCCCAGGUUCGUCGCAGUCUGGCGCUCAGAAAUUCCGCGAAGCACAGGGAUGCUUUUUCUUUGAAGAGUGACAGCGACUCUGCCUCCCUUGAUGAGGACAGUGGCAGUGCGAUGUUGGAUCCCUUAGAGCAUCAAUGGAUGAUGUGCGCAUCUGAUGGGCAGUGGGACAGCCUGAGCCGCCUCCUGACCUGCGAGCCGACCCUGGUGGUGAAGAAGGACUUCGUAACUGGCUUCACUUGUCUGCACUGGGCCGCUAAGCAGGGCAAACAGGAGCUGCUGGCAUUGCUGGUGAACUUUGCGAAGCAGCACGACGUUCCUGUGAACAUCAACGCUCGCUCCAGCGCUGGUUAUACCCCCCUGCACCUGGCCGCUAUGCACAACCACAUAGAGGUGGUGAAGCUGCUGGUGGGGGCUUACGAUGCCAACGUGGAAGUCAGGGACUAUAGCGGCAGAAAGGCAGCCCACUAUCUGCCCAGCUGUGUGUCCGACGAUGUCCGCGAUAUCAUCGGGGCGUGUGCCGACUCCGACUGCGAGAGCCCUGAGACUGUAGCCGGGAAGUGGAGGUUCUCCAAAGUUCUCCAGACCAACUUCAAGCUUCUGAAUCACCCAGAGGAAGACUCGUGUGAUUUUGUAAAGCCUAAGCCUCUCUACCGGAAGCCUUCUGUUGGCAAAAUGAAACCCAGGCUGCAGAAAAUCAAGUUCAAGACGCAAAUCGUCCACAGCACUUCCUUCAGGGAGCCUGAGGAAGGAGAUAACGAGCCUGCAAGCCCGCUGAAAUCAAGACCAAAAUCAAACCUCUUUGGUUGAGGAUGACAAACUGAAAAUGGAAUCGCACUAUAUAGUUUUUUUUCUACCUGCCUGUUAGUGAGUAUACUGCAAGCAGGGAGCCGAGGUAAAUUCUGUAAAGCAAGUAAUUUGAUCAUUAUAUUGCAAUCUGUUAAAUUAUGCAUGUAUCUGCAUUAUUACUUUUUCAGUAAUAAAUAGCAGCCAGAAAGGAUUGGUUUAGAAGGUCAAGGGUUGACGGGUAAAUUACAGGAAAGGUGAUGUUUGGAAUAGAUUCUGGGUGCCUUAGAUUAAUGUACCCAAGAUGCAACUCCAGACAAUAACAAACUGUGAAUCUUCAGUAUAUUUAUUGUCGCCAGAAAUUGUCUAAAUUUGAACUGAUUUAAAUGAUGCCCACUGAAUGUAAAAUUAGGAUGUUCUGAUAAAACUCAUUCUAUCAAACUAAGGAACUGCAAUAAUGUAAAUGUUUAGUGUCUAGUUUAGAGUGUAAAUUUGAGAAAUUGUUACUUUUUUUCUAUAAAACUGUCAUUUUUAAAUUCACCCCUACAUUCAUAUGACUACAGGUCAUAUGCAGCAAAAUAGAUGGAUAUUUGUAUAAUGAUUUUCCCCUCCGAUUUAAAAUCUUUAAAUUUCUAUGUUUGUAAAAGUUCAGUUCAUUGGAAAUUAAUGGAAUUAAUAGAUUAACAUUAUUUGGCAGUUAUUGAUCAGGAUGAGAAAAGUAUGAUUAUACUGGCAAAAGUUUCGCUUUAAUUAAUAAGUUGUGUAAUGCAUUUUAUUUACUUUUGGUUUAUGCACUUGAAUAACUUUGGGGAAAAUGAAAAGAUUUAGGAGUAACCAUCAGUAUUAUUCACUGAUGACUAAUACAUACUUGACUGACUACUAAUGGUAUAAUGGCAACUGAUGAGGUUUUUAUUUACUUGCUUGUUCGUAUAUUUACAGUUUAUGACAUAGUUCUUUUCUGCCGAGGACCUUACAGAUAACUUGAGUCCUCUUUUGGGCUUUUUUUGUUCUCUGUUAUGAACCAGGAAAGUAUUAAUUGUGGAAGAUCACCAAUGUUGCACAGUGGAAAGGUACUAUUGUUCUCCUCUCUGUUAUUCUUGCAUGCCUUAGGUGUUGCCUACAGAAAAACACCCUGACAAAACAGGUUCUUGUAAGUGAAGCUGCUGUAUUUCCCAAGUCUGUGUUGUUUUUGAAUGUCUCUCCCAGUCGAUAUACAAAGACGGUACUGGAUAAGCAUUUGAAAGAUGAAUAGAUAGAUGCAUGGAUGAAUAGUAUAUUUUAUUCGCCGUUGUUAAAGGCUAAUUGCUAAAGAAUCUUUAGCGAUUUGCUGCAUUUAUUUGUGCAAGGUUUAAUUUAGGACUUGAUAUAUUUUUGAAUAAUUUCCCGGUGCCUUUUACAUAUCUGGUACCUGUCUGACAUUUGCUUUAUG